AAAAGAAAUCGGCGGCACUGGGCACUGGCUACCAUUUAUAUAGAAAGAAGCAGUAGGGUCUUUCUUAUCAAGCCAUUAGAGCAGCGUUCACGAAAAAACCUUCAUGAAUCGGAAAUAGGGAUCACUUCUACUUUCCUGAUACAUUUUGCGAUUUCACUUCCUGCUUCUUGGUACUCUUUGCGAUUUUUCUUGCGAUUUUACUUCCUACUUUUUGCGAGAUUACUUCCUACUUUCAGAACAUCAGUAAUCAUUCUCAAGAAAAAAUUAUGAGGGAAAUUGAUCUGAAGAUCCGUUUUCGCGGGUGGAUGAUAAAGAUACGCUACCCCUUACCAUCCACGGUGAAGGAUCUUAAGCUUUCAUUUGAAUCCAUGACCACUCUGUCCAGCGCUGGCCUAAUUCUCGUUUGCCGAGGGAGGAUGCUUCUUGAUGAUUGCAGUCUGGAAAGCCUCGGAGAUAAUUCCGUGAUCUUGAUUAUGUCUAACCAAAGGAAUUUGGUACUGGAUAAUUUCCCAAAGGAUCGUCGCGAAUUCAUGUUUGAAUCACUAUUCUGCUUCAAAUCUCUUACCCUCUUAUCCGUGUGCGGCAAUGAGAUAUCGGGAAUUCCUCCUGCCAUUGGCGAUUUACCAUUCCUGGUAGAAUUCCGAGUAGCGAACAACCAUCUGACAAGCUUGCCAUCAGAAAUCUCUCUUCUGAGAGAACUUAGAAUUUUCAUAGCCAAUAACAACUGUUUUGCGGAGCUUCCGCCUAUCCUGCUUACAUUGGAAAAGUUGGAGCUGGUUGAGCUUAGUCACAAUGAACUUUCUUGUCUGCCUGUGCAAAUUGGGAAUCUAACUAAACUUCGUCGCCUCGUCGCCGACUAUAACAAAAUCAACUGCAUACCUUCCAGCAUUGGGAGGUGUUCCUCUCUUAAAGAGGUCUCUCUUAUUCAUAAUCUCUUGGUUCAUUUGCCGAAUAUGCUUGAUGCAUCAGAAGCUGUGGAGUUUUCAGAAACACUUCACUUGUUCCUGCACAAAAAUCAGUUGAGAGAGCUGCCGUCUUGGGUUGGUUCCUUACAAUUCCUAAGGAUCCUUAAUCUAUCUGGCAAUGAAUUGACAAGGCUCCCUGAUGAAAUAGGGUCUCUUGAGAACCUUGAACAGUUGUCUGCAAAUAACAACAGGAUUAACAGACUCCCCUCAAGUAUUGGAAGCUGCAGGUCUCUUCAGCUGCUGUCUCUAGCAAUGAACUCUCUAGUUGAACUGCCAGACAGCCUCUCUAUGCUGACAAAUAUAGAAGAACUGGAUCUUCGCUGUAAUAGUGGAUUAGCAGCACUUCCGCAAAAUAUGUUUCUUACAUGCACAAACCUUAAGAGAAUUCACUUGUGGCGUACUGAGAUUCAAUAUGAUAAUCUCACUCUGUAUGCUGGCUGGAGAGAAGGUUUGACCAAUUAUUUACCAUCUCUCGGUGACAAAACUGACAUGGAUGACUGAAGGUGCAGGUGCUGACUGGAACUUCAAAAGAUAUCGCACCUUUGGUUCCUGCUAUGGCUUGACAGUUUAACAUAGGUGUUGGUGCGUUGGUAGUAAGUCUAUUAGUUUUGUUGUUGCAAGGAUUAUCUCACUUAGGUAAGAUUGGGGAGGUUUUACGCAUGAGCUAUAAGAAGUUUCAUUGGAGAUCUGUCAAAACUGAGUAUCAUUUUUUUCCUGGUUGCAAUUGUAGCUGGAUAAAUAGGUCGUUGUAAUUUUGGUUGUGCAACAGCACCCUAUCUGUGAAACCCUUAGUAUUUUUCCAUAUCAUUUUCUUGAAUGGGUAUUGUUGUAGAUGAGCUAGUGGAUAAGUCGAAACCAGGAAUGUGAUGCCAGGGUGUCUAUGCUUAUAGUUUUGGGGAGCCAAAGCUGUCUGAGUAAUAGCUAUUGCAAUCUUUUACUUAGCAGUUCAAAAUGAAAUGCUCACUUUUGAAUAUGGCUUCUUCCUUUCCUUGCAUUGUAGGCCAGUAAGCAAAGUUGCUUGUAUAACUUCAAUAGUGUUAUUUCCUAGUCUUCUGAUUGGCCAAAGGGUCUCCGGAUCAUUUUAGAAUUGAAAUUGAGCUUUCUGGCUUUCACGGUUC